UUGCUUUUGUGUGUGUGGAUGCGUGUUUGUGUGUAUAUGUGUGUGUGUUUUCUUGUGUAUGACUCAGCUCAGACUAGGUCUAUGGUAACACAGGGCUGCAGAUGGAGAUAGGAGAAAUGCCUGUUAGAAAGAAACAGUAAAGAGGAAGUGAGCACUGAGAGAGACAGUAUGGCGACACAGCUGAGGAUCUGAGAUACAGGUCUGGGCUUUGACCAAGAGAACGGGUGCUGUGUGCUCCACAUGCAUUGUAGUGGAAAUACACUGUCAGUUUUGGGGAAACGGGGACCUUCAGUUUCCUGAGACGCACCACUGCGAGGAGGAAACGGAGCAAAAUAUAGCCCAGAGAGGAGGCAGACAAGGCGUGAAGGACUGCCCUGGAUGACUGCUGUCACCAAGAUAGGGAGCGGUGACGUGAGAGCCAUGAGGGAGGAGAGCGAGGGGGAUUUGCUGCACCUACACAUCAUCCCCGAACACUGUCUUCACUAACACCUCCAUCCCCAUUCCUGCUCCGUAAGUUUCCUCAGGGGGUGACCCCUGAUAUGACCCCCAGCACCCGUGGAAUUAGGCAGUCCAACCCAAGCCCCAGCUCCAGGCUCUGUGUGGGCAUCCCACCAUGUCCUGGUAGAGCUCUGUGCCAACGCCAGUCCCAAAUCCUGGGAUGAACCCACAGAGGACCAACGCACAGCCUCUAGAUCACGAGGAGAAUGAAAUAUUCCUGAGUCAUUCCUGCUCUAUGGUUCUCGUUUCCCUCUGUUUGCUCUGAGUGGAAGGUGUCUCUCUUGCUUCCCAUCAAGCCCUUGCAGCUUUGAAGAUUCAAACGUAAUCCUAUUCCUGCUCUGACAUCCAUCCCUCUCUUCGUUACUCUCUUAUCUCUGUUCCUUUUGAUCUUCCAGAUUAUUUUAGUUUGACCCCGGACGCUCCCCCUUUUGCCACCCGGCACGUUCUCCUCUGUGAUCACCACGUUUUCCUCGGUAUUCACCGCGUGGCAGACGACCAUGGGUUGCCGGCAGAGUUCGGAGGAGAAGGAGGCGGCGCGGCGCUCCCGGCGGAUCGACCGCCACCUGCGCUCAGAGAGCCAGCGGCAGCGGCGUGAGAUCAAGCUCCUUCUGCUGGGCACCAGCAACUCUGGCAAGAGCACCAUCGUCAAGCAGAUGAAGAUCAUCCACAGUGGAGGCUUCAAUCUGGACGCCUGCAAGGAGUACAAGCCCCUCAUCCUUUACAACGCCAUCGACUCGCUCACACGCAUCAUCCGUGCCCUGGCCACGCUCAAGAUCGACUUCCACAAUCCCGACCGCGCCUAUGACGCCGUGCAGCUCUUCGCCCUAACCGGGCCGGCCGAGAGCAAAGGGGAGAUCACAGAGGAGCUGCAGGGGGUCAUGAAGCGCCUGUGGGCCGACUCAGGCGUGCAGGAGUGCUUCUGCCGCUCCAACGAGUACCACCUGGAGGAUAACACUGCAUACUAUCUGAACGACCUGGACCGCAUCUCCUCCAACGAGUUCAUCCCCACCGUGGAGGACAUCCUGUGCUCCCGCGACAUGACCACGGGCAUCGUGGAGAACAAGUUCACCUUCAAGGAGCUCACCUUCAAGAUGGUGGACGUGGGGGGGCAGCGCUCGGAGAGGAAGAAGUGGAUCCAUUGCUUUGAGGGCGUGACCGCCAUCAUUUUCUGUGUGGAGCUAAGUGGCUAUGACCUCAAGCUAUACGAGGACAACCAGACGAGUCGUAUGGCAGAGAGCCUGCGUCUGUUUGACUCCAUCUGCAACAACAACUGGUUCACCAACACCUCACUCAUCCUCUUCCUCAACAAGAAGGACCUGUUGGCCGAGAAGAUCAAGCGCAUCCCUCUGACUGUGUGCUUCGCCGACUACAGAGGUCAGAACACCUACGAGGAAGCGGCAGUCUACGUGCAGCGGCAGUUCGAGGACCUCAACCGCAACAAGGAGACCAAGGAGAUUUACUCGCACUUCACCUGCGCCACAGACACCAGCAACAUCCAGUUUGUGUUCGACGCCGUCACGGACGUGAUCAUCCAGAACAAUCUCAAGUACAUUGGGCUGUGCUAGGACUGGGGAUAGGGUGGGGAGGGGAGAGAGGGCUGCAUGGCAGCAGUAGACCCAUUCACUACCAGGCCCGUUACACACAAAGCCUGUCUGUCAGUCUCUUUGAGGAAGUGUAGGAAAGAGAGAACCUGCAAGGUGGAGCAAGGGGGUUGGGAUUGUCAGAGACGGCUAUAGGAUCAACUGAUCUGCUUGAAAUAUUAGAGUUGAGGGUCAAAGGUCAAGAUGGGAUUUACCCAAGGUCAGCAUAAAUGUGUUUGCACUGAAUAUAUGAGUAUGUAGAGACACACACACACACACACACAUGCUUAUGUUUGCUCACACACAAGGACUUGGGAUCAACUGUCAAGCACUUGUUUGGCGUGGAAACAAUGGAAACUGAAGACAACCCCUACCCUCUGCCUGCCAAACCUGGUAUUGAGCAGGAGUUCUUGACUGGCAGUUUCAGAGUUACGUUUGUCAUUUUAGGUUGUUUGAUUUGCCUCAGUCAAUUAAUGCUGCUUUGCGAAAAUCAAUAAAUUCCUGUGGAUUUUCCCCUAAAAAGCUGGACUGCGGGUUUACCUGGCAAGGUAUAGGGAGAUGGUGAGUCACAGGUGUCCUGGGAAAAUAGUUGGAGGACAUGACUUAUGUCACAGGGUUUCUAUCCAAAGGAGAAAACUGCCACAGUUGAAAGCUGAAGUAAAGGGUAUUUUCUACACAUACUGUAUCUCAUUUAUUGAGGGCUAAAAGGCUCUUUAAGGUUAUCUGUUGUCCCUCUUCAUUUUUUUUUUUUUUUAAUGUAUGUUUGUCAAACCUGCCCCUUAGAGCAGGUCUCUGACCUGCCAGGAGAGUGUUACACUCCAUAGAGUGGAUGGUGUUCUCUAAGAUCAUUCCAGUUUCCAGCAACAAAGACAUCAAAAACAGUGCCAAUUUUAGUGUAAAUAAAAACAGAUCCCAUCAAUAAAUGUUGGUUUUAUUGACAGAAACAUUAAAACAUGCAUGAUUUUGUUAAUUGGGAUAUUGAUCAUUUUUUAUUUUGGAUUUGUUUUCUGUUAUUUUAGGUUUAACUAAUAUAUUCCCUGAAAUAUAUAUACAAGUCAAACACUGUGUACGAUUGUA